AAGCGGCGGGGAGGCGGCGGCGAUGGCGCUGCGGGGCGGGCGGCGGGCGGCGAUGCCGGGGUAGCGGCGGGCGGCCAUGGCGCGGGGAGCCGGUCCGCCGCUGCGGCUGCUGCUCCUGCUCCUCCUCCAGCUCCUGGCGCUCCCCGCCCGCCGCGGCGACCGCACCGGCCCCGACUCCCUGUAUGUCUCCGAGUACUUCUCUCAGAGCGCACAGAAGCUGUCCUUCUACAGCUGGUAUGGAAAUGCUAAGCUCUUCCACUUCCGUGUGCCAGAAGACACUGUGCUGCUUCGCUGGCUCCUGCAGGCGUCCCGGGGGAAAGGACCUGAGUGCACUAACAUGGAGAUCACUGUGCACUUUCGCUAUGGAGCCCCUCCUGUAAUUAAUCCACUGGGCACUCGUUUUCCUGCAAAUGCAACCGUCCGUCCUUCCUACAACAUAAGCAUCACUCUGAGCAGCGCUGUGCAAAACACCACCUUUGUGAACAUCACCACCCCUGCUGCCGGAGACUGGUUCAUUGCUGCCCAUCUCCCUGAGGCUGCUGGCAGGAUUGAAGUGAAGGGUUUCUCCACUCCAUGCCCCUAUAUGUUCCAGGCAGAUAUGUUUGUGCUCAGACUCACUGACAUGCCUGUUCUGGAGCCCGGUGUUGCCAUGCCACAAACCAUCGUCUCACCUGCUAAGCCGCUGCAUGUCAAGGUCUUCAUUCCCAGCCAUGCUGCAGGGAUGAAGUUUGAGCUGCGGAGCUGCGUAACAAGCGAGCAGAAAGCAUGUACCAUGCGAGUGGUGCUGGGCUCCAUCACGCUGCCCCAGUCCUUCCAGAGGAUUGUCACCUGCACAGGGAACAUAAACUGCAGCCUGGCCCUGGACUCACCCCCCUGGGAGAAGUGGCUGCAGAUCACGGUGGAGAGUCUCGGCGCUGCCAAUGCCAGUGUGUCAGUAGAGAUGCUGGCUUCUUUCACAGCUUGCAGACCAGGAAGUACCAGUUCCUUCCUUAACUUCAGCAGCCUAAACCACAGCCAAACUGGUCCCAGACCAGGUAGCACAGGAGCAGCAGGGAGCUCUGCUCUGUCUACCGGAGAGGUUUCACGCAAUGCAUCCGACCAGAGGAGCUUCUGUCUGCAGAACCAGCCCGUUGUUCGUGAGGACCUGGAUGUGGUGUCUGUGCGCUACAGGCUCUUGAAUAGUCCCAGCGUGCCCGUGAACUCCCUCUCCCCGACCCUCCUCCUCCUCAACCUGAACACUGGCAUGGACAGUGGGGGUUCCCUCGUGGUCAGUCUCCUGCUUAACAAGACAUCCGUGAGCCUGGCCAAUGCCACUGUGGUAGCGUGUGUGAGUGCUGCUUCACCGGUGCUGUCCCUCAAUGCCACACAGAACUGCAGCACAGCUUUUUUCCAGGGCUACCCUCUGAGCUUGAGCACAUCCUCUGCAGAAGCAAUGCUGAUUGUCCUGUACCCACAGACGGAUGACUGGUUCCUCUCCCUGCAGCUCAUCUGCCCAAAGGGCCAUGGUGAAUGUAAGGCCACAGAAGCCAAAGUGACUGUCUUCGCAUACCUCACCCCCUGCUUCAAUGACUGCGGGCCAUAUGGACAGUGCAGCCUCCUGCGAAGACACGGCUACCUCUACGCUGGCUGCAGCUGCAAAGCUGGUUGGGGCGGGUGGAGCUGCACGGAUGAUACCAAGGCCCAGUCUGUCAGUACGCAGAACCUGGCCACCCUUCUGCUCACCCUGAGCAACCUCAUGUUCCUGCCGGCUAUAGCGGUUGCUGUUUAUCGCUACUACCUGGUGGAGGCCUCUGUCUACACCUACACCAUGUUCUUCUCCACGUUCUACCACGCAUGUGACCAGCCAGGCGUUGCAGUGAUGUGCAUCAUGGACUAUGACACACUACAGUACUGUGACUUUUUGGGCUCUGUGGUGUCCAUCUGGGUGACGAUCCUGUGCAUGUCCCGGGUGAAGAAGAUCCUGAAAUAUGUCCUUUUUGUCUUGGGGACCCUGUUAAUUGCCAUGUCCCUGCAGCUGGACCGCAGAGGGGUAUGGAACAUGAUGGGUCCCUGCCUCUUUGCCCUCAUCAUCAUGAUUGCAGCAUGGGUUUACCAUGGAGUGAAGCGCAGACACUGCUACCCCUCCUCAUGGAAGCGCUGGGUUUUCUACCUCCUCCCAGGGAUCACCUUGGCUUUCAUUGCCAUCUCGGUAUAUGCAUUCAUGGAAACCAAUGAGAACUAUUAUUACACCCACAGCAUCUGGCAUGUCCUGGUGGCUUGCAGUGUUGCUUUCCUGCUUCCUCCUCGGGACAAGCAUAAGAAGCCCUGGGCCUGGUCACAAAAGCUCACUUGUCGCUAUCAGAUCUGCCAGAAUGACCGUGAGGAGCUCUAUGCUGUGACCUGAAACUGCUGAAUUCCUGGAGGCAGAGAAGGAGGGCUGGUGAGGUUGCACUCUGCCUGGGCUGCCCCUCACACACAUCAGCAAUCCUCUUAUGUGCUCAUUCACUGGCUGGGAGAGCGCAGUAUGGACCAGAUUUAAAUAUGAAGACGGUGGGCUUGUCUUGCGAAGGCAAGUUUGAGGCCACCUCUGCUUUUCUGCUUGGGUGGGGCAGGUUCUUCAUUGUUCUAGAUCAAAGAAUAGCCUGUUCCCUACCUCCAUGUGGCCCUGGGGGAAAUCGCCAACCCUUACUCCCCUCCUGCUGCAUCCAUGAAGCUAGGGCUUAGCCCACACUGAGCUGGAGCCAGGGCUUUGGCUGCUGGGCUCUUCUCUGCACACCCUGUCCUAGCAGAGGGCUAUGGGACAGGGAUUUUCCUUGCCAUCCUGCAAUCAGCAUUUGAACCCAAAAGAAUGGGUUUCUUCUGACCUGGGGGGCAAAUGCUGUUGCGAGCCCUUGGUGCUGAUGGGAAGGGAGGGAGCUGAUCUUGGCAUGCACUGGACCCUUGGCUGCCACCUCUGCAGGGGUCUGGAGCCUCUCUCCCCAUGAAACAGGUGGUGCUGCUCUCACCUAGUCCCAAUUCGGGGUGGGGGGCAAGAAUGAGGCCAGGACUUGGGCCCUGGAUUCAGGAUCAGGCUUGGCAGGGAUGUGAAAAAAAACCCAUGUGGGGACAUGCAAGAGGCAUCAGCAGCAUCUCCCCCAGAGCUGUGAAACCCAUGGCACUGCAGGGUUUAGUCAAAGUUUAAGUUUAGCCCUCUUAGCUCAUCUGGAAGGAGCCAGGCUGCUGCACUGUCCCCUUCCUCUCUCAAUGUUCAGGUAUUCACCGUCUUCCUCCCUUUUGUGGGUUUGGCAUGUGCACGGCUCUGCCUGGCAGCAUAGGUGGUCCAGGAUGGUGGCUGAGCUGCGCACCCCUCUCUGCCUCAGAGGCUGGAUGUGUUGCAGAGUUGCAGCUGGUCUGAGGCCACCGGCAGUGUCCCACCCCAGCCUUACUAUAGGGCACGCACGCAUCAGAAAGCAAGGGCAGAAACUUGGCAACCAGGAAAGUUGUCUUUGCCCAUCCUUAUUCUAUAGAUAAGGGCUCAAAUACAUUGUUCUUUGCUGGUUUAUUCCAGCUGUGGUCAGUCUGGUGUGUGCUGCUGGGAGCCCAUCCAUGGAGUCCCUCCUCAGGUGGCUUUGGGGAGGAAGGAGCUGUUAAUGAAGGAUUUGUUUCCUAGUUUAUAGGAAAUGGGGUUACUACUUUGCUUUGAAAACUGCCCAGCCUUCUGCUCAGCUCUGCACUUUAUCCCUCUCUCUCCCCUUCCUCAGCAAGCUCUGAUGUUUUAAGCAGAUGCAGGAUGAGCAAAGGACACUUGUCUGCACCCAGCAACGUUGUCCCUUGUCACCUGUGUCCCCUGCGUUUCCUUUUGCUGCUGCCAUCCACAACACCGGCAGCAUGGUGGGAGUGGGGGACAUGGGCCCCUUGGACCUUCCUCGAACUCUUAUCACUUUUAGGCACUUCCCCCCUCCCCCCUGGUUUGCACAGCGGCAUUGCAGGGCAGCUGUGCCCUCUGUGCCAGGCAGCUGGUCUGGCCCUGGUGUUGCUAGUUACCAGAGAAAGCAAUAAUUCCUCAUCGGGCCUUUACCUUCAGGGGCUUCCAUGCUGCAAAGCAGGAGAGGCUUUGGGCCGAGAACUCCCACUAACAUGAAUGUCUGGUUUCUGUUUGAUUGUUGAAAUUCUGCUUUUGCUCUCCUCCACCGCGACUGUUGGCCCUGGCACAAGGUUGAGUUAGGUGCCUGGAGGAAGGGGGGUGUUAAUUAUUUUGCGUAAAAUCUGAGAAAUUCUUGUGUCUGAGGAAAAAAAGGUUGUGGGGCUGGUUUUUUUUUUUUUCUUUGCUGUUAAUACCUGUGAUUAUUUUCUUACGGUAAAUUUUAAGGCUUACAAUUUUAUAAUUUAAUAAAGGUAAUGGUAUUUGAGGGCAAA